CUGACAAGUGCUUGCGCAGUCGAACAGAGGACUAUAGCGCUUUACCCACAGAUAUUUUUACAGUGUGCCUGCGCAGGCCUCUGAGCGACCAACCCUCCGUUUGCACUCCUGGUGCUGUUUUGUGUCCAUAGAUACACAUAUCGCCUAUCUGGAUGAGCGAACGGAAAAAAGCCAAACAGCAUGCUGCGUCGACGAAGCCCAGCGGCGCCUCAGCCGCAGGCGGAGCUGGAGGUCUGCGGUUCUUCAGCAGCCAGGUUGUCGAGCAGGUCAGAGCGCGGUCGACGACUACAUAUGCCGAUGUUGCAGAUGCGCUCUGCGCUGCGAGUUCUGCGGGCCCUGCCAGCGCUCGAGACAUGAAGUCUAUCCGACGGCGAUGCUAUGAUGCGCUCAACGUCAUGUUAUCGGCGGGCCUCAUUGAGCGGGUGGCCGGCGGGAAAGGGAAAAAGCUCAUCGUGUGGCAAGGCAGCAGCGCACCGCGCGCGAGCCUCUCAGACACAGAUACCGCACAGAAACGGCAGGAGGUGGAGCGAAAGCGACAGCAACUUCAGGAGCUGGAGCGCCAGCACGCCGCCCUGCAGGCCCUACUGCUCGCCAGGGCGGGCGCCGGCACCCUCAACGGAGCAGCCGAAGGCGCCGGCGAGGGCGCCGGCGCCGGCUCAGCUGCGUGCAGCAAUCAGGACAAGGGACUCGACUGCGCCGUGGGCUCAACUCUCGCGCACUGUGUGGCUGCUGCGGCAGCCGGCGGGCCCGAGGGCUCCGCCGCUGCCCCAGCUGCCGCCGGCACCACGGCGGCAGCAGGGCACCCGAACUCGGCGCCUGUCACGGGGUCUGCCCCAAGCGCGGGUGCUGGCGGCGGUUCGUGUGCGCUGGCGUGUGUACGGCCGCCGCCGCUCCAGAUCCAGCUGCCGUUCAUGAUCCUCCAGGUGCGGGCGGGCUGUGACGUGGCAGUGCGCGCCUCCGAGGACAAGCGCUGCGUGGAGCUGGAGAUGGCCGAUGGCGAGGCCUUCCACAUGCAUGACGACCAGUCCAUCCUGCAACAGCUGAUGCUGCAACGGCGGGAGCAGGCGCAGGCGCAGGCGCAGGCGCAGGCGCAGGAGCAGGCGCAGGCACAGGAGCAGGCACAGGAGCAGGCGCGCGUGCAGGCACAGGCACAGGUUCAGGCGCAGGUUCAGGCGCAGGCGCAGGCGCAUGUGCAAGCGCAGGCACAGGAGCAGGCGCCGCAGGCCAACAGGCUGCCGGUCCUGACCCCUGCGCUGGUGGGGCCGCUGUCGGACUGGCGUCAGUCCCAGCAGGGUCAGCCGCAGGAGCAGGCGCAAGCCGCUGUCGUGGCUGCUGCUGCCCUCGGUGCUGCGGCAGCCGAGCCGGAGAUUGCGGCUGCAGUUGGCCACAUCCAGCAAGGUGACCAGGUAUUCCCACAGCAGCAGCAGCAGCAGCUGGCUGGUGCCGCUGCUGCAGGCGGCGCUGCCGCUGCUCGCCCUGCCGCGGUGGCGGCGGCAAUGGCGGCGGCGGUGACGGCGGCGGCGGAACCGGCAUGUGACCCGCAGCCCUUCCAGCACCUGAGCCAGGACUGGGCGGCGCACAUGCUUCGCUGGCGCCAGGAGUCGAGCUCCUCCCCCUCCGGCUUUGGCGCCGUUGGCGCUUCUGCCGCGGCCGAGGGUGCUACCGACACACUGCCGCCGCUGCAGCAGCUGCCGCAAUCAGCAGCAGCGUUGCAGACAGCGGCGCCGCGGCUGUCCGAAUCGCCGAUGUCUGCCACAUGGCCCAUGCAGCCCGCGCCCGCGACCAGUGGCGGCGGCAGCAGCAGCGGCAGCGGCACCGGCAGCUUCGACUACUGGGGCUUCGGGCUUGGCGUUGGGCUGACUAACGCCGGCGGCGUCACUGGGGCGCAAGCGUCGCAGCCACAGCUGCAGCUGCAGCAGCAGCUGCAACAACAGCAGUUGCAGCAGCCUACGGCGACCCCGCACCUGCAUGUGCGUGUGCAUCCGAACGCUCACAUCGGGCUGAACCUGCAGCAACCGGUGUACCAGCUUCCGAUGCUUCCUCAGCUGGCCUACCCGCAGAUGCCGCAGCCGCAGCUGCUACAGCCGCAGCCACAUACGCUACAGCUGCUGCCGCAACCGCUGCAGGUGCAUGCGCCACAGGCGCCGCUGCAGGAGCUGCAGCAGACGUGGGCAGGGGACGGCGGCUGCGCUGGCGGCGCCGCCGCCACCUUGGCUGAUGACGAGCUGUGGCUGCUGGCGUCGCCGCUUGAGGACCUGUGCUUCAGUGACGGGGCCGCGCCUGGCGGCGGCUGCUAUGCUGAGGCGGGAUCGCGGCUGUCGCCGCUACUGCCCGCCAAUGCCAAUGCCAAUGCCGCGGCGACAUCGCUGGAGUUUGACCGAGCGCAGGCCAGCUGCACAGGCACGGCCAUGGGCGUCGCUGCUGGUGGCGGAGCCUGGGACGGCCAGAGCGGCACUGGGAGCGGCAGCAACAGCAACAGCAGCGGAGGUGCGCCCGGUGGCACAGCGGCCGACGACUGGGUGGCCACGGCGGCUGCAGCUGCGGGCUUGCUGGGCGAUAGCGGCAGCGGUACGGCGGAGUGGGGCGGUACGGCGGAGUGGGGCGGGGAGGGCGAUGGCUGCGAUGCCUAUUUUGCCAGCCCAGCGGAGCCUUCGUCGUUCUUCGCUGCAGCCGACUAGUUAACAAAGGCAUAGGGGGCGCCGGAGCGCGCGCGGUUGCGGGGCCUCCACCUCUCGCGGUCCCAGGGCCGCGUGCGUGCCUGUAGCACCGAUGCGGAUGACACGUGCUGCAACAACUUCGUAACUCAUAAGCCGUCAUGGCACGCAUGUUGCUGUUUGAGUUCUGAGUGGAACAACGGUGCAGUUGAAGCUGCAGCAGCUCCUAAACGAAUGCAAGGUUGCAGAAGCGUGCGCGGCGGGCAUCGUUUACAGUAACGGUUGUUCCCUGCCCUGUGUCCCUGGUGCACACCUUCGUGUACUCACCUUGUGCAGCGCCAAUUUUGAGUUUGACGUCGCGCUGAAGACACUUGGUUCCGAUCAAUAGUUGAAGAGUGAAGAAUGGCGUGCCGUGGCGUGCUGGCUUGUUUGUGGGGUGCACAAAGUAUUCCAAUGAAUGACGUGGUGUGGGCCUGGCCCCAUUUUCCUUGGAGGGAAGGUGUUUUGGUGUUGUGGCAGUGUUUGUGAGGGGUUUUGUUGUGGGGCUGCUUGUGGUGCAUGUGCACAUGCAGUCGCCAAGGAAUCGGGGAUGCGGUCAAGGAUGCAGUGCGUUUGGUCCAGUCAACGGCCAUGAAGCAUUGGUUUAAAAUCCUGGGAGUAUGACCGACAAUGGCUGGAGGCGGCUCGUAAUUUAUGCGGGUGAGCUGAAUAAGCCGUAAUUGGGUUGCAAGGUGCAGGGGGCAAAAGUAAACAUGCGGCUUCGGCUUCAUCACACGUUUGCAGUCGUUUGGCUUCAUCUCGAGUGACGGCGACGCGUCCGUGCAGGGCCAUGGUAAGUUGUCGCCGGUCGUUCCACCUUUAGCAGCAGCGGCAAGGUAAGCAGAGAAAGAAAGACACUGCAGACGCUCGCACUGUGCGUGACUUACUGUUUAUGCAUGGUGUGGGUUGCGGAGGCAUGCAGCAUUUAGAACCGGGACGCGGUCGAGGCACGGUGGCAGCGAUAGUCACGCUGUGGUGCCCACGCAGUAGUGUGGUCUGAGCGUCAGGCUGUGGCGCCAAGUCCUAUGGUUGUUCAAUGAAAUUGGAUUUGAUUCCGCUGCCAGUGGUCGCUGCGUUGUGGCAUUGGUGUUAGCAUUUUCCUUGGUGGUGGUGGUGGUGAUGGUGGUUGCUGCUUGCUGUUGCAGCAACCUGGAGUUGAGGGGGGCUGGCAUGAACUGCCUGUGUGUUAGCUACGGUAAUAGGUUUCUAGUAUCAGAGCUGUUAUAACCCGGCGUGCUGCUAGAGCUGCAGGUUGGUGCUUGUUUCUGUGGAGCUUGAGCUUACGAUAUGUGUGGGUGUCCAGGCAUGUGUGGGAUGGGUAACGUGUACGGCUCUGCAAGCCACGGGCCAUGCAACCGUCUUAUUUCUGUUCCGAUGAGGCACGGCGUGUCAGCCGCGCUAUUCAAAUGAACUCCGUAUAGACAUCUAAAGACGCUUUCUGGCGGGUGGAGGCGGGUGUGGUGCAAUCUUGGGUCAUGCACAUGAACGGUGGGUCGAGAAAGGGUGGCGCGCCGGAGUGAUUGAUGGGCAAGUAAUAGAAGUUGCGCAGGCCUGGAGGCAUCUGCGGAAUACAGGACAGCAGCAGAUAAUAGCAAAUUAAAUUAUUUGCCCAUGCAGGGCUUUCUUUGUUGCCGGUAAAGGCUUGUCACCGCAGCUGGCGUGGGUGCCGUCUUUGUGGAUGCCUGCUCAGCAGGAGCGAAUGAGAUGAUGCGGUUUUGUCGUCUUGCGCUAAUGGGGUGUUGUUGCAGGUGGAUCUGUGGGCAUCUCGAACCCGGCAACGAGACAAUUUGAGCCGCUAGGGCUUCUGGCCUCUUGAGUAUUGCAGCUGCUGUGCAUUGCCUUUCGUCAUUCUCGUACAUCUUACCAUCUCGUUUCGGCGCCGCGGGCAUUGCUGCCAAGUGUAUAAGCCAGGUGGUCCCGCGGUUGCGGCUAGUCAGAAGGCUCAAUUGCCGUGCGGUGGAUGUGCCGUGAUGGAGUGCCGUCCCUUUAGGCCGAGCUUCAAGCAGCCUUGGUUUGUCAGAGAUCAGUAUAUUAGAUCGGCGUUUUCAGUGCAGGCGACUGUGCCCCCGGGGGCUGGGGCUCGGUGAGCGGCGAAGGAACGAAAGAACUCUGCGAGUGCACCGCCACCCAGACCUUCUGCCGGGGCCUGUGCCGGUGGUGCUACUACCGAGAGUACCGUACCACAACAACAAGUGAAGCUUAGAAGGGCAGACGUGUGAGGGUGUCAUUCAUUUGAUGGGGCUGGUAGGCGGUAGCGGGCGUGUGCUGGGCCCGUGCCAGACGACGGCCCAAAGCUGUGGUCGUCAUAGCCGGCUGAUUCACGUCCCAAAAAGACGGCGCUCUGACUUGGCGCCGCUGACGGCGCGGGAACACUACAUUUAGGAUGCGGGUGGCAAGGGGGCAGCCAGGCAGGUUGUGUCCAAGGCGCGGAACUUCGGCACGGGAGGAUGGCUCCUGUGGGCCCCUGUUGCCGCUUAGGCCGUCGGUCUUAACCUCUUGGUCCUGGGCGUAGGGCACGCGUUUGAUUGAGACAUUGAAUGCCGCUGUGGACUUACAUCGCAGCCAUCAGCGCCGCGAGGGCGCGCAGAGGGGACGGUGGUGCUGUAUGAGUAGAUGAGCAAUCUUAGUUUUACAGUUGCAUCAAAAGAAGCCGCUUUAGCGACGCGUCCGGACUCGGCGGAGUUAGCGCAACCGCAUGACCUGCCCAACUUCGUGGGGACGCCGCGCUGGCGAGAGCCACGGAUGGCCCUAAUACACCAUGGGGGCAUGUCGCACCCGUGGAGGGCAUUGUAACAGUGUAAGGAGUGCUUGCA